AUGGAAGGAGGUGACCCAAUGCAGAUAUGACUUUGUUGCUGUUGGCCGCCCAGAAUAAUUUCACAAACACUGCCUUGUGCUUGAUAAGAGAAGGGAGACAAGUAUCCAAUCAGGUCGACCGGAAGGGGAACACACCACUCCAUUAUGCAGUGAAACAGAAAAACUUAACAGUCGUGAAAGCAUUACUAAAUGCAGGAUACGAUGUAAAUGCUAGGAAACAAUACAGUGGCCUCACACCUUUACACAUUGCUGUGACAGUAUUUGACAACUUUGAGGAUUUCUUGGAGGUUUUUAAAGCCUUUCUUGCCAAGAACUGUAACUUAAACUAUCAGUGCUUCGGAACGUUGGAAACUCCUUUGUACAGAGCUAUUGUUUUAGGCAAAACUGAAAUCGCCGAGUUAUUGCUUAUUUCUGGGGCGGAUCCCAAUUUAUCGAAUCCGUUUGGCGUAUCAUGUCUGCAGAAAGCUGUUCAGAAAAAUAAUACUCGAUUGACAGAGGUUCUCCUACAUUGUGGAGUAAACAAGAAAAAGGAAAUAAGUAUCAUGAAAAGGCAGUCUUCUUUGAUUCGACAAAUGGACAAUUUGAUAGAUCUCACUGAUUUAUUCACAGAAACACAACCAAAAACUCUUCAAGCAUGCUGUCGUGACGUCAUCAGGAGAUGUUUUACAGUCAAUCUGUAUACUGCAUUGCAAAAACUUAAUCUUCCUAAGUAUAUCAAGGAUUACAUGCUCUUCUGUGACGUCAGUGAAUACUACAAGUUUUUGACUAAUAUUAAUAUCAGACCUAGUUAGAAUCUACCAAUUUGACGAAUUAAUGUUUUAUGCAUUGUUUUGUUAUUGAGUUUUUUAAUAGGGACAUUUUGAAAUUUUAGGAAAAUGGCAUUUUUAUCAUGAAAUAUGAUUAGUUCAAGGAUGUGUACAGAGGCCGAAGAAAGGGAAUUGUGUGUCA